AUGGAUAGUCAGAUUCUAGUCUUGAACAGGUGGUUUGAAGGUAUUGAAGAGGAUGAAAGUGCUUUUAAUGAGGCCCCCCUAUGGGUUCAAGUCUGGAAUCUUCCAGUACAUUGGAUGUCCAAGGAGGUAGGGAGAAAAAUUGGAGUAGUGUUCAAUGGUGUGAAGGAGGUAAUCAUCCCUCAGACGGGUAGCAAAGAAGGAAGGCAUAUUAAGCUAUUGGUGGUAGCUGAUAUAUCCCAACCCUUGCUAAGGGGAUCAAUAGUGAAGGUGGAAGGGUCUACAAAAUGGGUGAGCUUCAAGUACGAGAGGUGCCCAGACUUCUGCUACAAUUGUGGAAUUGUAGGGCAUAGUGAGAGAAACUGCAAGAGACUGGUCCUUGUAGAUAGAGGGCACUUAGAAAACCAAUAUGGUACGUGGAUGAGAGCUGGCAAUGGUAAUGGAAGAAACUCACCUCAAAAAGAACCUCUGGUCAGGAGAACACCCAGUGAUAAGCAUCAUUGGAGGUUACAUAAUGGGAAUUGGGUGGAAGUGGUAAAACAUAAACAGCUGGACCCUGGUCAGGGUAACAGUGUACCAUAUAUAAAUCGAGGGGGUGCAUUAAGCAAUGCAGUGGAGUUACAGAAUCAGGAUCUCAGAAAAGAUAAAGGGGAAAGUGUUACGAAUAACAAUCCAAAAUCAGCCCCGAAAGCUAUGGCUCGUAGACAGAGUAAGGAAGCCACCAUUGUAGCAUCUCUUGACAAGUUGAACAUAGAGUCUGAGAAGGCAGAGGAAAGGGCUGCGAGGGUGCUCUCUGCCAGGGAAAAGGCCCGCACCAGUUUGGAAAUGGAGGAAUCCUCCCAAGAAGCAAGCCAGACAGAUGUACAGAUUAGUGAACAGGAAUUGGCUAAAGUAACAGCGAACCAAGAGGAAUGA